AUGGCGGCGUGGAGCGGGAGCGGGCGCGGGCCCGGCGCGGGCGCGCAGGCGCGGGCGGCAGCGGCGGCGGCGACAGCGCGACCCGAGGCCCAGGCUCAGGCCCAGACCCAGGCCGGGGACUGCGGGCCCCCCGGGUCCCCGCUCUGCGGCCGCUGCCGGCCCCUCAGCCUGAGCCGCGCCGCGCCCGACGCCGGCCUGGGCUUAGGCCUCGGCCUCGCCUGCCCGCUCUGCCGCCGCUCCGCCGUCGCGACCCUCUGGCAGCCGGGCCGCCGGAGGAAGCAGCGGGACCCGCGGCGGCAGCAGGAGGCCGAGCCCGAGCUCGUGUUCCGUGCUCCCCUGGUGUUGAGCAAAGCAGGAGACGUCCGUGAGGAGUUUGAGAACCAACUCCGGCAGUACGAGGCAGAGGAGAGCUUGAAGGAAGAUGAGGAGGCGGCCAGGGCGGAGAUAAUCCAGAUCAUCCUGGCGGAGGGGGAGCAGGACAAGCAGCAGACGGACAGGAAGAAGCCGGCCAUGGCGGAGCAGCUGCCCAGGAAACGCAGUCGUGAAUUUAACGCCGACAACAUGUCUGACUCGGAGAACGAGGAGCCGGUGAAACGAGUGGCGUCGAGGCAGCGGGGGAUAAUGGCCAACGGCAAACUGAACACCAAUGGUACCAGCCGCUUCUCGAGGGCGCUGGGUGGCAGCUCGGAGGAGACCCGCAGCACAAGCACCCCCAUGGAAAACAGCCAGAGCCGCAGGGCAGCGGGCUGCAGUGACAGCGCCACCAAGGUCCCUGUGACCACCCUCGGCACCAACACCCCCAACAUCCUGUCGUCCUCUGAGAACAGCCGGCCCAACUCAGCUCCGGACCUGACAGUGGACAAGCGGGUGCUGCCGGACGGGGUACCGUUGGACCGGAGCAAGAUUGAGCGGUCGACCAGCCCCGACAGCAACGACAGCAUCUCGGAGGAGCUGAACCACUUCAAGCCCAUCAUGUGCUCGCCCUGCACGCCCCCCAAGAAGCUGGCAGACGGCAAGCUGCUGUCACCACGCAUCAUCAGGUCCACACCCAGGAACUUGCUCAGCCCCCUGCACAAGGCGGCCACCACCUACGAAGUCAGCCCGCAGCUGCUGGAGAAAUGGGGGCAGAUCCUGGUGGAUCGGCACAUGGAGACCAAGGGCACCGUCACAUUGGAGGGGGAGGAAUGUUCGGGGCGUCCGGUGCCCGAGUGCGAUCCGACCACCGGCGCCUGCCGUUCCCGGCCCCUCUCGCGCGCCUCCGCCGGCCCCAUGGACUGCUCGGACUUUGCCGAGGUCCCGGACUCGGCGGCAGAGGAGGAGUGCGAAGCGGCAGAGUGCAGCGCCGGGGCCAGCCCGCCGAAGGAGAACGGGAGCGGCACGUGCCCGGACAGCGAGCGGCAGUCGCUGGGCCGCGGCGGCAAGAGGAGGGGCCGCAAGAACGCAUGCCCCUCGCCCCAGUCGCGAAACAGCCGCAAGAGGCACCGCAAGACCAAGCAUGCCGCAGCCGUCCCCACCACCACCGCCACGGCGACCGGGCCCGACAAACGCAUCCGCCUCAGCCCCGCCUCGCUCAACAACGUGGCCCAGUCGCAGCAGCAGGAGGAGGAAGACCGCAAGAUGGCGCACCGGCUGCAGCGGAAGUUCGACCAGGAACGCAGCUCGGUCAACCGCAGGAAGGGCAGUAAGGACAGCUACCCGCUGCGGACAAAGGUCAUCUCCAACGCCGAGUAGUGGGGCCGCCGUCCGCCCCUCGCUCCACCCUGUAGCCACCGCAGGAAAAUACAGCCCUUCACCAUGCACCACCUCGCUUCCUUGUCUCCAUUGCUGCCUCUAAUCCACUCCGCUGCUCCCUUCCCCCAAGGUCAACCAGAACUCCCCUGUGGAUGUGGCGAGUGGCCACCUGUCCUUCAACAAGUUCCAGGAGCAUAAUUAGGCCAUUCGGCCCAUCCAGUCUACUCUUGUCAAUUCCAUCAUGGGUGAUCCAACCACCUUCUCCCUGUCAACAGGAGCAGGUCUGAACCCCGGACCCCGGUUACAGGUGCCGGCAAAUGUCGAGGGUUUUAACUUCCUCACAAAUCUCCCCCCCCCCGGCGAAUGGUCCCCGCCACAACCUGUACUUUUUUUUUUGUUUAUAAGAGUUUUAUUUUUAAUCGUUGUUUAUUUUCGGGCACCUCGAGUCUCCAGGACGAUGGCGGGAGAAGUCCAGAGGAAGGAACACACCAAGUGCUGGAGGAACUCGGCGGGUUUGGCGGCAUCUGCGGUGGGAACGGACAGGCGACGUUUCGGAUCGAGACAGAGGGUCCAGUCCCGAAACCUCCACAGAUGCCGCCUGACCCGGCGAGUUCCUCCAGCACUUUGUCUUUUUCACAAGGUUCCGGCAUCUGCAGUUGCCAGUGGGUCUAUCCAGCUGGUCUAUUGAUACCACCCUCAGUGCUUCCACUCCUCAAAAAAAAUUACCUGGAAUAGAAUUCCACAUUACCUGGAAUUUGAUGGUAUUUCCCAGCCAGGUGAGCCUUCUCCAACUGCGCAUGUGCGACUGCUGCCUCAACUACGCACGCGCGGAUACCGGGCUCAUAGCGCCCGUGCGGGGAGUCGGCGUCCCCACCGCGUCACCGCCGCCAUUUGCAAUUGUGACGCUGAUGGGCGUCCCCCAACUGAGCAGGGCCGUAAAUAUACAGGCACAUACUUUUUUCCUGCAAAUCAUCCCACGGGCCUGUUUGGACCCUUGGCGUUGGUGGUUGGGGCGGCACGUCGCACAUGCGCAGUUGAGGACGGCUCACCGGGGCGGGAAAUUUCCCGAAAUUAGUUAAUUUCCCUAAAAUUGCCAGUAGACAACCAGAAUUUCAGGUAAUUUCCUUCAAAGUGGAAACAGUGACCACCCUACUCCUUGGUUGGUGAAGAUUGUCUAGGAAGCUUCACGCGUUGUCUGAGUUUGUUGAUGAGUGAGAGGGCGGGUUAAUGGCGGGCUGUGGCCGCUGAGAGGCAAGGUGACACCUCUUGUAUUCCCACUAUGCCAGGAUUCAAAUCCUACGCCUGUUCUUGAGUGGUGGGAGAUUCCCCUAAAGGUGGUGGUCAACCAGAACCAUCCUGUGGAUGUCGGGACGACCUGCCCUUUCAUACAUUCUAAGAACAGAAUUGGGCCAUUCGGCCCAUCAAGUCUACUCCGCCAUUCAAUCAUGGUUGAUCUAUCUCUCCCUCCUAACCCCAUUCUCCUGCCUUCUCCCCAUAACCCCUGACACCCAUACUAAUCAAGAAUCUGAUAAUUUCCGCCUUAAAAAUACCCACUGACUUGGCCUCCACAGCCGUCUGUGGCAAUGAAUUCCACAGAUUCACCACCCUCUGACUAAAGAAAUUCCUCCUCAUUUCCUUUCUAAAGUUUUGUCCUUUUAUUCUUUCUGCAAUACACAGCACCCUGUCCCUCCCACCAACACCUACACACACAUAAAGGGGUCACGAUACAUCCGCCACUGCACCUGUUCUGCUGAGAAACUGCAAGCAUUCAAAGAGUUAGUCAUAGAGUGAUACAGCGUGGAAAUAGGCCCUUCGGCCCAACACGCUCACACCGGCCAACAUGUCCCAUCUACACUAGUCCCACCUGCCUGCGUUUUGUCCAUAUCCCUCCAAACCUGUCCUAUCCAUGCACCUGUCUAACUGUUUCUUAAAUGUUGCGAUAGUCCCAGCCUCAACUACCUCCUCUGGCAGCUUGUUCCAUACACCCACCACCCUUUGUGUGGAAAAAGUUACCGUGAGAUUCCUAUUAAAUAUUUUCCCCUUCACCUUAAACCUAUGUCCUCUGGUACUCGAUUCCCCUACUCUGGGCAGCUUAACAGAAAUCCACCCCUCCCCCAGAGAGCAAUAAAUGGUCGGUGAAAUUAGUCACUUGACAUAUCCCUCCUUUGAAAUCCACUGAAAACUCAUAACUACAAUUAUUUUCAAAGUUGUUUCAAAUUAUUCACGUGCCGUAAAUUCCUUGGGACCUCUUGACCAGAUUUGGCUUGAUCAAGGACCACUUCAUCUGCCCUGUGUAAUAGUUUUCCUGCUGAGAUAUGUUUACAUAGUUAUCACGUUAGUUCAGCAGGGUCCCUUCUUCUGAACUAUUUUGAGAGGCAUUUAGACUGAUACAUGUACAUGCCGGGCAUGGAGGGAUUGGUACUGUGUUGGGCAAAGACCUGAUGGGCUGAAGGGCCUGUUCCUGUACUUGUUCUAGGUGUACUGCCUUGGCCCAUCCAGUCCGUUACCCCCCUACACUGAUCCCCACAUUUCCCUCAGCACCUCCAGGUUUUACCACUCACCUACACACUCAGGGUCAUUUACAGAGGUCAAGUGAUAGGUUUAAGAUCAGAUCGACAACAGGUGUGGGAGUAGGCCACUUGGCCCUUCAAGCCAGCACCACCAUUCAAUGUAAUCAUGGCUGAUCAUCCCCAAUCAGUACCCCGUUCCUGCCUUCUCCCCAUAUCCCCUGACUCCGCCAUCUUUAAGAGCCCUAUCUAGCUCUCUCUUGAAAGUAUCCAGAGAACCGGCCUCCACCGCCCUCUGAGGCAGAGAAUUCCACAGACUCACAACACUCUGUGUGGAAAAAGUCGUUUCCUCGUCUCCGUUCUAAAUGGCCUACCCCUUAUUCUUAAACUGUGACCCCUGGUUCUGGACUCCCCCAACAUCGGGAACAUGUUUCCUGCCUCUAGCGUGUCCAAACCCUUAACAAUCUUAUAUGUUUCAAUAAGAAAACCUCUCAUCCUCCUAAACUCAAGAUGGGAGAGAUGCUAUAGGAACUUGUGACGUAGCUUUUUCCAUUCAGACAGUGGUGGGUGUAUGGAUCGAGCUGCCAGAGGAGGUAGUUGAGGCAGGUACUAUAACCUCCUUUAAAACACGCUGGAAAGGUACAUGGAUAGGAAGAGUUCAGCGCGUUAUGGGACAAAUGGGACUAGAUCAGAUGCGGCAUCUUGGUCAGUUGGGCCGAAGAGCCUUUUUUCCGUUCCUUGCGACUCUAAUUCACCAACCAAGUGUCUUUGGGAUGUGGGGGCGGGGGCGGGGGGAAUCCGGGGGAACCCCAAAUGGUCACAGGGGGAACGUGCAAACUCCACACGGACAGAACCCGAGGUCAGGGUGGAACCCGGGUCUCUGCCGCUGCGAGGCAGCAGCUCUACCCGCUGCACCACUGCCACCUUAUUUAUUGCUGAGGUUUCACCAGCACUUGAUCCUUGUCCGGCCCCCUGCUCUCUCCACCGUCCCCAGUUCCGGGUUGGAGCGUGGAAGGGUCUGCGUCCUGGGGCGGGGAUCACAGGAUGUCAUGGACGGAGCAUCGCACUGUCUUCAUUCUGAUUUUCCCCCUCUAACCUGCGCGGUGUGAACUCUCUUCAACUCAUUUAUUGUGGACCCUGGAAUGCCAGCACUCACCAGCGGAGCAGCUGAAUGGAAGCUCAACAUGAGGGGCUUGCUGGCAGCUUCUGUCAGCGUGUGAUCCUCGAUCCGGCGUGGAGUUGAGUGUGUCGAGAAUCAGGAACUAGACUCGUAUCAUAUCCCCAGAGAUCUUCGCACCGCCCUGCUUGCACCAUGCUGUGUGCAGGGGCAGCUUGGAGCCCUGUUGAUCAGCUACAGAUUGGGAGCAAGUUGUUCAUUAUUUCAAUGAGAUUUUAUUUGCCAUUUACAAUGCGAAAGCUACUGCCCUUGUGUCCCUGUUUGUGCACUUAUCUGCCUCUUGCAUAUGCGUAGACACAAAAUGCUGGAGUAACUCAGCAGGACGGGUAGCAUUUAUGGAGGGAAGGAAUGGGUGACGUUUCGGGUCGAGACCCAAAGUUGCAUGUCCCACUGAGUACCUCCAGCAUUUUGUGUCCAUCUUUGAUUUAAACCAGCAUCUGCAGUUCUUUGCUAUACAUCUUUCAUACGUGGCUUGUUUACAGCAGGCAUUGACAGUAUUGUAGGGUCCAUACAGCGCCCUCCAUAAUGUUUGGGACAAAGACCCGUCAUUUAUUUAUUUGCCUCUGUACUCCACAAUUUUGAGAUUUGUAAUAGAAAAAAUCACAUGUGGUUAAAGCGCACAUUGUCGGGUUUUAAUAAAGGCCAUUUUUAUACAUUUUGGUUGCACCAUGUAGAAAUUACAGCAGUGUUUAUACACAGUUUCCCCCAUUUCAGGGCACCAUAAUGUUUGGGACACAGCAAUGUCAAGUAAAUGAAAGUUGUCAUGUUUAGUAUUUUGUUGCAUAUCCUUUGCAUGCAAUGACUGCUUGAAGUCUGUGAUUCAUGGACAUCACCAGUUGCUGGGUGUCUUCUCUGGUGAUGCGUUGCAAGGCCUGUAUUGCAGCCAUCUUUAGCUCAUGCUUGUUUUGGGGGCUCGCCCCAAUCAGUUUUCUCUUAAGCAUAUAAAAGGCAAGCUCAAUUGGGUUCAGAUCGGGUGAUUGACUUGGCCACUCAAGAAUUGACCAUUUUUUAGCUUUGAAAAACUCCUUUGUUGCUUUAGCAGUAUGUUUGGGAUCAUUGUCUUGUUGUAGAAUGAACCGGCGGCCAAUGAGUUGUGAGGCAUUUGUUUGAACUUGAGCAGAUAGAAUGUGUCUAUACACUUCAGAAUUCAUUAUGCUACUACCAUCAGCAGUUGUAUCAUCAAUGAAGAUAAGUGAGCCAGUACCUUCAGCAGCCAUACAUGCCCAGGCCAUAACACCCCCACCACCGUGUUUCACAGAUGAGGUGGUAUGCUUUGGAUCUGGGCAGUUCCUUCUCUCCUCCAUACUUUACUCUUGCCAUCACUCUGAUAUAAGUUAAUCUUCGUCUCAUCUGUCCACAAGACCUUUUUCUAGAAUUGUGGUUGCUCUUUUAAGUACUUCUUGGCAAACUAACCUGGCCAUCCUUUUUUUGUGGCUAAUCAGUGGUUUGCACCUUGCAGUGUAGCCUCUGUAUUUCUGUUCAUGAAGUCUUCUGUGGACAAAUCCACACCUAACUCCCAAAGUGUGUUUCUGAUCUGUCGGACAGGUGUUUGGGGAUUUUUCUUUAUUAUGGGGGGAAUUCUUCUGUUAUCAGCUGUGGAGGUCUUCCUUGGUCUGCCAGUCCCUUUGUGAUCAGUAAGCUCACCAGUGCUCUCUUCUUAAUGAUGUUCCAAACAGUUGAUUUUGGUAAGCCUAAGGUUUGGCUGAUGUCUCAGUUAACAGUUUUAUUCUUGUUUCUCAGUCUCAUAAUGGCUUCUUUGACUUUCAUUGGCACGACUUUGGUCCUCGUGUUGAUAAACAGCAAUAAAAGUUUUCAAAUGUGAUGGAAAGACUGGAGGAAAGACUAGGUGCUGAGAGCUCUCUUAUACCUGCAUUAAGGAGGCAAUUAAACACACCUGAGCAAUUACAAACGCCUGUGAAGCCAUGUGUCCCAAACAUUAUGGUGCCGUGAAAGUCAAGUCAAGUUUAUUCGUCACAUACACAUACGAGAUGUGCAGUGAAAUGAAAAGUGGCAAUGCUCGCGGACUUUGUGCAAAAAGACAAACAAACAAACAACCAAAUAAACUACAAACAGAAUCACAUAUUUUACAUAUUAAAUAUUGUGGGCGGAAGGAAAAAGGCUCAGUAAAGUUAGUCCCUGAUGAGACAGGAGUUUACAGUCCGAAUGGCCUCUGGGAAGAAACUCCUUCUCAACCUCUCCGUGCUCACAGCAUGGCAACGGAGGCAUUUGCCUGACAGUAGCAGCUGGAACAGUCCGUUGCAGGGGUGGAAGGGGUCUCCCAUGAUUUUAUGGGAGGAAUGGGGGGACUAUGUAUAAACACUGCUGUAAUUUCUACACGGUGAAACCAAAAUGCAUAAAAAUGGCCUUUAUUAAAAUCUGACAAUGUGCACUUUAACCACAUGUGAUUUUUGUUUUCAAUUACAAAUCUCAAAUUGUGGAGUACAGAGGCAAUGAUGGGACUUUGUCCCAAACAUUAUGGAGGGCACUGUGAUUCUGUCCAUUUGAGCUGUUUGUUUCCUGUGUUGGAUUCCACACUGGAUUGGAAAUGGCAGACAUGGGCUACUGCUUUUUUCUAACAUCGCAGAAAAUAUUAAGACUUUUGUGUAUGAAAACAGUACGGAACUAAUGAACCCAGAGAAUAUUUUAUUAGUUCACUUUAUACUAAACCUAGUAAAGCACUUGGACUCAUUUAAAUUCUUUAAAGGAGAAAGAUUUGCCAAAGAUUUAUGUUAAAAAAAAAGAUUAAGGAAGAGAGUGUGGAAGAAUUUGAAACCUGUCAUAAAAGUGAUAUUUGCACAGAA